UGUGCUCAGAGUUACUGACAAACCGCGGAGCCAUGGGCUGCGGGCUACGGAAGAUGAAACCGAUGUCGGAGGAGAACAGCCCGGGGAAGAUUUACUCCACCCUGAAGAGGCCGCAGGUGGAGACUAAAGUGGGCGUGGCCUACACUUACCGCUACCUGGAUUUCCUGAUCGGCAAAGACGGUGGGACGUCCACACUGCGUCUCUCGUCGGUGCGAGAGCUGCCGUGUCAGCUUCAGGAACUUUACCAGCAGGGGUUUGUUCUGGCGUCCGUUCACCCGUUCAUCCAUCCGUGUGGUCCAGAAUCCAACAGCCCACCGCACCAGCUCUACCGGGCCAUACUGGUCCGACUCAACGAUGGGGUGGAAAGGAGCCAGCCACUCGGCCCGGUGUACAAGCUGCAGCUGGAAGAGUGUCUGUCUGCCGGGCAGGUGCCCACCCCGGAGCUCAUCCAGGGCUACGUCAAGAAGCAGAUCCAGGACGCUGCCGACCAGGGCGUGAAGUUUGUGGGAUUCGUCCAGGAACCCUACGGGGCCCCAUGUACCACAAUCAGAGAACCGGACACACCGUCCCUGUCACUGCACUCCAGCCCCAGCUCGCUGCUCGGGUCCCUGGGCACCCGCAGCCCCUCCAACCCCUCCAGCCCCACCAGGAACCAUGCAGAACCUGGAGCCGAGGCCGAGGACACGGUGGACAAGGAAGGCGACGAGGGAGAGGGAGCGUCGAGUGGGGGGAAGAACCAGAGUGAGAACACGGAGGGGGCAGUGGAGGUCAGUCAGGACGAGGUGUCGCCCGCCACGUCUCCAAUAUCAGACUUAGACCUGGAGCUGAGGGAGGACAGCUCGCCAUGUCACAAUAACAACAAAGACGGCACCGGCGAGACCAAGGAGAGGCCAAGAUACCGGCUGCGGAGAGGCGACGGAGUGGAACUGCUCGCCCUCUACAACCACCCGCCCGUCAGAGAGAGCCAGGCCAAGUACUACACCGUCAAGGUGCCGCUGCGAGUUCAGAACUGCGACGACGGCGUCAAAGGCGUGGAGGCCAACUGGCUGGAUCACAUGACCCAGCACUUCAACAACGGAGCCUCGCUGGUGGACGGAUACUUCUACCUGGGCAACGUCAACGAUUUGCUACCAAAGUCGGUCGAAAGUGUCUUCAUCUUCCAGGAGGCGAGUGAUGGCGAGCAGAAUGCAGCCACUCCAACGUACGACGCCAUUGUUGUGGAGCAGUGGACCAUCAUUGAUGGUCUGCAGGUGAAGGCUGAUUAUGUUCCCCUGCUUCAGUCGCUCGCUACAUAUGGAUGGAGACUCACCUGUGUGCUGCCCACGCCCAUAAUCAAGACCAACAGUGACGGAAGUCUGUCCACCAAACAGAUCGUUUUCCUGCAAAGACCCGUGUUGGGCCGAAAGAAGAGGGAAUCCAAGAAACUGAUCUUCAAGCCCCGAAGCAAGUCCAACAAGAACUGCAUCAAAGACAUAGACAAGAACAAGAAGAAGAAGAAAGCAAAGAGUGAAAAGGAUGCCGAAGAUGCGAAUAUUCUCAAUGAAAGAGAAAGGGAUGAGAAAGAGGAAGAGAAGAGUCGAGAGGAAAGGGAUGAGGCAACGUACGGCGAUGCGGCGAAGGAAGGCGACUCAAGGUUUGAGGAAGAUAGAAAGAUGGAUGACGGGGUUGAAAUCAGCGUCGAGACUGUUGAAAAGAAAGAUGGUGGAACGGAAGCAACAGACAAAGGAGAAGAAGACGGCACAAAAGAAGAUGAAGAAGAAGAAGUAACAUUGGCUGGAGAAGGGUCAAAAGAGAAUGGAGGGCCUUUAGAAAACAAAGAAGGUCAGGAAGUGGCAGCAAGUGUCGCAGCUGUGGAAACAGUGAACAAGACCAAAGAAAAGGCGGACGUGGUUGAGGCUGUGAUCGAGAACGGAGUGGAGGCAGACGAAGAGACAGAUGACGCUGACGUGAAGGCGAUCAAAGACAUGACAGAAGAACCGUCCGGCAUGGACGUCGUCACCAAGGAGAUUAUAGCCGAAUCGCAGGCCGCCCCGACCAAUCAAAGCCCAGAGGAAACUCAAGAGUAGCUUCAAGUCAAGGUCCCCCCCCCCAACCCUACCUCCAACAAGAACUGGUUCACAGUGUUUUUUUCCCUGAUCCAAAUUACCGGGGGAUAUAAUCCCCAUCGCUGCAGCAUUGUCCAAACCUGAUGUCCCUCGAAAACCUGCCACAGUGUGUAGCGACAGAAUCGUUCUGUGUUUACCUGCAAACAUCAGUGCUACUGUAUAACCACGCAUACUGAAUGUAUAUAUCCAAAA